AUGGCGAGCCUUGUUAGUGAAAAAAUUCAAGGUUCAGUGAUAAACUCCCUCCAAGGACUUAGCUUGGGAGGGUUAUGGCUCUGGAUUGAAGAAGCACUACCUUUGUGGAGGAUUAACGAGUCCAAUUUUCACUUUAGACUCUGUAACAAGAAAUUCAUGGGAUUGCAAAGUUCCAAAAAGGGAUCCUACAUUGUACCUGUUUCAAAAAAACCUGGUAGAUCAGAAACGUUUCAGAUUUUGAAGUAUAAUCAUCGUUCAACCCGUAUUCGAAUCAAAGCACCUAACGGUUUUUUCUUACAGGUAAACAAAGAGGGGCAUGUGACAGCUGAUUCCAAAGGGGAUGGCGGAUGGGGAGAUGAUGAUCCAUCUGUUUUUGAGAUGAAAAUUGGGAGGCAAUUCGAUGGCGAGUUUCAAGUGACCAAUGGUUAUGGCAAAUUGGCACCAAAAGUUAUGAGGGAGCACUGGAACACUUUCAUAACAGAAGACGAUUUCAAGUUCAUGUCAAGCAAUGGAAUCAACACUGUGAGAAUUCCAGUGGGGUGGUGGAUAGCUUUCGAUCCAACACCCCCAGCGCCAUAUGUUGGAGGAUCCUUAAAAGCCUUGGACAAUGCCUUCUCGUGGGCACGAAAAUAUGGCAUGAAGGUUAUAAUCGACCUACACGCUGCACCGGACAUCCUAGUUUCCUUUAUCUGA